ACAAGUGCCCCUUGUGACGCGAUGAUGUUGUGGGUAUUUCUUGCGCUUUGCGCCGUGGCGCAUGCUAGGGUUACCUACGAGGGAUAUCAAGUGAUAGAAGUUCAUCCAAGAAGUGUCCAAGAUGUGGAUUUCGUACGACAACUUGGAGACAACAAACAGAUGAAGAUCAGCUUUUGGAAGGAGCCAGUGCGUCUCAAUUCUAUUGAGUUUGACGUGCCCCCUGUUUCCAGCAUGAUGGUCAAGCAAGUCCUGGCAGACAACGGAAUCCCAUUCACCAUUGUCUGGAACGAUUUACAACAACGUAUUGAUCAGACCGAAGCUGCAAGGAUCAGUGCCAGAUUUAGCGCUGACCCCUCAAAUCAGAUUCUCAGCGACUACCAGAGGCACGACACUAUCAACACAUGGUUGGACAGUAUGGGCAGCCAGUAUGCCAUGGCUACUGUUAGAUCCAUUGGAAAUUCCUAUGAAGGCCGGGACAUGAGAGCAAUCAGGAUCAGCAGUGGCUCUGGGCGACGUUCCAUCGUGUUGGACUGUGGUAUUCACGCCAGGGAGUGGAUCACCGUCUCAACGUGUAUCUAUUUCAUCCAAACCCUUCUGGAACAAUACAAUUCUGACACCAACGUACGUGCUAUGGUUGACAAUUAUGACUUCCACAUUUUGCCCGUUGCCAACCCAGAUGGUUAUGAAUACUCACACACUGAUGAUAGAAUGUGGAGGAAAACUCGAUCUCCCACAGAUGAUUUCCUUUGUACCGGAACUGACGCCAAUCGAAACUUCGAUGCAUUCUGGGGAGAGGCUGGUGUUAGUUUUGACCCAUGUGCUGCUACUUACCCGGGCACAGGACCCUUCUCUGAGGUUGAGACUCGAAACAUUCGUGACUGGGCUUCUGGGGUCUCUAACAAGAUUCUCUAUAUGAAUAUUCAUUCCUACACUCAACUGUGGCUAGUUCCCUGGGGAUACCAUCCUACUACCCCUUACCCCGAUGACUAUGAUGAGCUGGCACGUGUUGGAGAACUGGCAAUGGAUGCUCUCUUCACCGUGAAUGGCCGUCAAUUUGUCGUGGGAACACCACCAGAUCUUCUCUAUUCUGUGUCUGGAGGAGCCUUGGACUGGGGAAAAGCCAGUGGUGGCUUUAAAUAUUCCUACUCCCCUGAGUUGAGACCUGCUUCUGCCGCUGAAGGGGGAUUUAUCCUUCCGCCGGAGGAUAUACUCCCAGCUGGACGAGAAACAUUUGCAGCUCUUCAGAGCCAUUGCGAAAAUAUGGAAUAAAAUAUUUGGUCUAUAUAUCUCCAUGUUAAACUUUUAAAUCAAAAGGCUUUGAACAAGAUUGAACAAAGUUGAUAAUAUUAAUUGAAAUAGUAAUUCCGUUCAGCAUAUUUUAUUUAUCCAUUGCCACGUUCAUAUACGGUUUUAUUACUAACUCAGCAUCAGCAAGUAUGCUAUUUGUAGUCUAGAUGUGAGUAAAAUUUCAACUACAAUUCCUUAAGUGAUUUAAUAGUCAUUGUUCCCAACAUCAUUUCAACAAAUAAGUUUUAUUUGAUACUACCUGAGACCAUCAUAAAUAUGUUAAUCUCAGAUACUACGCAGCAUAUUUACACAACUUUUGUACUUUCUA